AUGGCCGUUACUCAGUCCCUGAAGUUCGUCUUCGGUGCCGUGGCCACCGGCAUUGGGGGUCGAGUGGAGCGCAGGUAUGGUGGUAUGCAGGCAGCUGGCAUCGUUGCGGGUGUCCUCCUGGCACUAACUCUCCUUCUCGCUGUGGUCCUCUUCAGACGGCAGAGUGUCCAGAUGAUCCCAGUUCGGCAGGAUCAUGGAGUGGCAGAGGAAAAAGAAGAAUGGGAGCCUGUGAUUCUGGGUGAGCCAAGUGGAUUGACGCGCAAGAUCAAUAUCCUGGAGGCAGGCGAACUCAGUCGAUGGUCGGAGAUUCGACGGCGAAAUCGGCUGACCACUCGACCUGGGACGCGUGAGGUGUAG